CAAACUCGCAUUUCAUCAAACACUUAGCACUCACCGACGACGAGAAGAGAUGUUCGUCUCCAAAGUCUCCAUCCCACUCCGCCACCAUCCCUUCUUCUCCUCUCCAAACCCUAACCCUAACCCUAACCCUAACCCUAACCCUAAAGCGAUUCCUCUCAAGCCCUUGCGUCUCCAUCCCCUCAGAUCCUCCAUCCCUCCAUCGCCGCCCAUCACCACCUCCACUGCGUCACCUCCGACGCCGGCGCAGACUCGGGUCGACAUUCUCUCCGAAUCCCUCCCCUUCAUCCAGAGAUUUCGCGGCAAGACCAUCGUCGUGAAGUAUGGCGGCGCCGCCAUGAAGUCCGCCGCCCUCCAGCGCAACGUCCUCUCUGACCUGGUCCUCCUCUCUUGCGUCGGCCUCCGCCUUGUUCUCGUCCAUGGCGGUGGACCGGAGAUCAACGCUUGGCUCCUCCGUACCGGCCACGAGCCCAAGUUCCACAACGGCCUUCGCGUCACCGAUGCUCACACGAUGGAGGUUGUGGAGAUGGUUCUUGCUGGGAAGAUCAACAAGAACCUCGUCGCAGAGAUCAACAUGCUUGGUGGCACCGGUGUUGGGCUUUGCGGCAAGGAUGCUCGCCUCCUUACAGCAAGGCCCUCCUCGGAGUCCGCUGUCCUUGGGUUUGUUGGUGAGGUCGCGCGUGUUGACCCCUCUGUGCUCCGCCCGAUCCUCGCCGACGGUCACAUCCCGGUGAUUGCCUCUGUGGCCGCGGAUGAGGCCGGGCAGGGCUAUAACGUGAACGCUGAUACAGCAGCCGGGGAACUCGCGGCGGCUGUUGGGGCUGAGAAGUUGAUCUUGCUGACGGACGUUGCCGGGAUCCUGGAGGACCGGAAUGAUCCGGGGAGCUUGGUGAAGGAAAUUGAUAUCGCUGGGAUAAGGAGGAUGAUGGAGGAGGGCAAGGUGGCUGGAGGGAUGAUCCCGAAGGUUAGCUGCUGCGUGAGGUCGCUGGCGCAGGGUGUGAGGACGGCGAGCAUCAUCGACGGGAGGGUGCCGCACUCGCUGCUGCUGGAGAUUCUCACAGACGAAGGAGCUGGGACGAUGAUCACUGGAUGAGAAAAAGCAUGCUGCGUCAAGUUUGAUCCAGGUUUUCUGUUAAAAUUGGGAUCAAUCUCCUUGGUGUGUUGAUUGAACUGAUGAAAGUUGUUGAUAAGAAAAGUUUUCAUGCAAUCUGGUCAAAUGCAAAAUCUUUAUUUAGAAAUUGGUGACUUGUGGGGAAAAGAUUGUGGGAAAAGGGUGGCCUUAUACUAAAUACGAAAGUCAGAUUCAUAAACUCUUUAGCUUUAUUUUGCCGAAGAAAGUGCAUCUUAUUUGAUGCUGCUUUUAGUUUUUAUACUUGCAGUAGAUAUUAAUAUCGUCUUGUAAUAUACUUUCUUGUUAGUAUGCACAUUAGGUGUAACUGUAUUUAU